CAACGUCGCUUUGAUUGUUGUAUUUGUGUUUGUUAUUAUUUGUUCUUUUAUAAGUUUUUUGUGUUUAUAAAUAAUAUAAUUAAUGUUUAACGCAAUAAUCUGUGAUAUUUUUAAUUAGAAUUAUAUAUACUCAAGUCCUUUAAGUGUAACUUAUCGAUAAUUGCAAUAUAUCUUCUAAUUAUUAAUUACAAGAAACCACAAAAAAAUUAACAUAAUGGAAACAAAUUUAAUAACGAGUGUGUAAAAAUAUAUAUAUAAUUUUUUAAUUAUUACUUAUUAAGUAAAUUAUUACUUAAAUGUUCAAAGCAAAUUUAAUCUGUGAAAUUUGUGAAAUCACCUUAAAAGAGCAAAGUACAAAACAAACCAGUCAUGCAAAAAUUCUCAUCUGUUCUUUCGAACUUUAAUAAAUUACCGAUAAUUAGAGGAUUAAAAUUUAAACCUCCAAAAAUGCAACAGGCAUUAUCAAUAACAUCUUUGCAACUUAAUCAAUUUUCUAUUCCGAGGCAACCUGUGCCUGACAUGAAAAAAACCGCUGAGAAAUAUUUAAUAUCAUUAAAACCACUAUUAAAUGAGGAGGAAUUUUCCAAUACCGAGAAAAUUGUUAAUCAUUUUAUUAGUGAAAAUGGACCUGGACCAAUUUUAUACAAAAAAUUACAAGAGAGAUACGAUAAGACUGAAAAUUGGAUGAAUAAAUGGUGGUUGAGAGAAGCAUAUUUAGGCUAUCGUACACCGGUAAUUGUUCAUUCGAGUCCAGGAAUAAUUUCUCCACAACAAAAUUUUCAAAACCUUGACGAAAUGCAUUCGUUUGUAGCUCGUUUAAUUGAAGGUGUAUGUAAAUACGACGCUAUGGUCAAAAGUGGAAAAAUUAAACAGGAAAUGGUUCGUAACGAACCUCUUGAUAUGCUUCCCUAUGGUAUGAUACUCGGCACUCAUCGUCAGCCUAAUCGAAAAGUUGACAAUCUUUUGCAUACAGAUUUUGCAAAUCAUAUAAUAAUCAUCUCCAAUAAUCGUAUUUUUAAAGUAAAUCUCCUGCAUUGUAAUAAACCAUUGACUGAAAAUCAAUUAAAAUCUUCUAUUAAAGAUAUAGUAAAUCGUUCAAAUGUCCCUGGAAAACCAAUUGGAAUUUUAACAGGAAACGAUAGAGAUACUUGGGCAGAAAAUCAUGAAAUACUUAAAGAAAUUGGUUCCAAUGGGAAAAUACUUAAAGAUAUUGAAUCGUCUUUAUUUGUUCUUUGUUUGGAUAAACAACUUCCAAAUGAUGCGUUUAAAACAAAAAAUAAUGAAUCUGUAAGAUCAGUUCAAUCAAUGACUGGUUAUAGUUCUUCCACAAAUUCCGGAAAUCGAUGGCAUGAUAAAACACUUCAGUAUAUAAUAUCUUGUGAUGGAUUUGUUGGAUUAGAAUAUGAACAUAGUCCAUGUGAAGGUGGUCCCGUCGCUGUUCUUCACGAUUUUGCGUUAAAUAACGCGACGAGUAAAAUGAACAUUGAAUGUGAAGAAGCGAAAGAUUUCCCACAAGCAGAGGAAUUAAAUUUCGAAUUAAAUGACAAAAUUGAAAAAGCAAUUAAAGAAGCCACAAUAGCAGUCGAUAAAACUUCCGCAAAUACUGACAUGGAAUGUUUCACUUUCAAAGAUUUUGGCACUGAUGUAAUAAAAAAAUGUAAAUUCAGUCCCGAUAGUUUUAUACAAAUAGCAAUGCAAGUGACAUUUUAUAAAUUGCAAAAAAAACCACCAGCACACUAUGAAUCAGCGGGUCUUCGUAGAUUUAUUAAUGCAAGAACUGAAUGUAUACGAUCGACAAGUUGUGAAUCUGUUGAAUUUGCAAAAUUAGUAAACUCAAAUUGUGAUAACAUUAGUGAAAAGAAAAAAGCAUUAAUUAAUGCAAUUAAUAUGCAUAAAAAAACUGCCGGUGAGGCAGCAAUGGGCGAAGGAGUCGAUAGAUUUUUCUUUGGACUUAAAAUGAUAGCAAAUGAUGAAAAAAUGGAAAUGCCGGAAUUUUUCAAAGACAUUGGUUGGACUAGAAGCACAUCUUUUACAUUGACUUCCAGUCAGGUGCCUUUUAAGAGUGCCUCAGUUAUGUGCUAUGGUCCAGUUACUCCAAAUGGUUAUGGAUGUUGUUACAAUCCAAGAAAAGACGACAUUCUUUUCGCUUGCUCUUCUAUGAAUGAUAGUCCCGAAACUUGUACAAAAUCUUUCGCGGAAACAUUACAAGAUAGCUUACGUCUAAUGAAAAAAAUUGCCCAAGAAUAAAAUUAAUGUAAUUAUUUCAAAUUGUGUAAAAUUUAAUUGUGUAAGAUUUAACAUUAUUUUUUAUUAUAAAAAAAAUGUGUAAUAUUUCUCAUUAUAGAAUUUAUUAAUAAAUUAAUUAAUUUGUUAAAAAUAAUAA